AUGACAAGUUCGAAUGUCAAUGCCUAUGUAGAUGGCGAUAGUAUAAACAGCAGUGAUCCUUCACAGCAGGACGGCGAUAUCCCCGUUGCCCAGUCGAUUCUCACCAUUCACUCUCUCUAUGAUCUCCCACGUGAGAUGCAGCAAUUGGACCCGCGGCAGGAGGUGUUGGAGAUUGUUUUACAGCCCACUGUGAGGUACGACUAUCAUGAACGACGCAUUACGAGUCUCCCACUUGAGGAGCGAGUGGUGCCGUUGUCAUCAUCCGACAUUCUCUUCAAAGGCGGUCGCUAUGUUCUUGAUCUUGACAGCGUCACUGCGGGAUCGCCAAAGCAGCGCGGCCGACCACAAGCAGAAGAGGGCGACGACGAUUUUGACAGUAGUAACAAUAGCGGCCACUACACGGCAGGAGGAUCCAAUCGUCUGCUGCUGCAGUACCCGUGUCCGCGUGGAUUGACGACGCUGUUGGAAGUCAUUGUUGGCAUUCGGCAGCGGCGCAUUGGUUCCUCCUUCACGCGGUGGGUGACGGGCAAUCCCCGCGUCCAUCAAGUAGGCGAGGGCGUUGGCUAUUUGGCCGUCGCCGCGGAGGAGGUGUACAGACGCAAGACCGUCACGCGUAUUGUUGGACUCGCCCUCGGUGGGAUUAUUUGUUCCAUUGCGGUGAGUGAGAAUGAUGAUUUGUCGCUGGUGCGAGAGCGGCUGCGUCGCGAUGUACGGCGACUCACAUCCCGUCUCUCCACCAACGCGAGUAAUAACAACAACAGCAAUGCGAAUAUCAAUAAUAAUGUGAAUACGCCGUCAAUGGAGGAUGUGGAUGUGGAUGGACUCCUGCUGGGCGGGGCGAGUGAGGCGGAGGUGUACCGCCGGCUGCUGCUCGCCGUCGACCCCGAACACUACAGACGCCGACUGCGCAGUCUCUUAACACUCUACGGCGCGGCGGAGGGAUGUGCGGAGUGGACGCAGAACGCAGAAACACUACUGCACGAGUACACUGGGCGAGAAGAGGAAUUACUACGCCGUGCCGCCAUUGAACUGGGCCCAGAGUGUGGUGCGGUCUCUUCACGCUACAGACUACUCGCCUACCGUAAGAAGUACUCCCUCAGUGAUAGGGCUAUAUUUACAUGUUUACAACCAGUCGUAACGGAGGGAAUGAAUGAGACACUGGAUUUUGAACCGGAGGUCAUCUUUGCCGCGUUAACGGCGAAGUUUGGAAAGGAACCACGUCCAACUUCCUAUAUGUUCCCAGCUCAACAAUACGUACCAGAUAAACGAACCUACUUUUUGGAUACUCUACUUUUCCCUAUUAAUCGAUUUGGUGAAAAGUCUCGUAAUGUGACAUUACCUCAACGAUAUAAACGUUUACCUUUUACCAUGUCUCCAUGUGAACGGCCUUUGUUUAUAGGCAGUUCAAAUGCACGGCCGGGUAAACCACCAGGUGAGAUUGAGAUUUUACGCGAGAAGUAUGCCCCGGAGUUUGCUCAAAUUGUACCUUCUAUUGUGAAUGCCCUGCGGGAGGUGGUGGAUCAGAAUCAACAACUACUACAACAGCAAAAACAACAGCAAACAUCUAUUCCAGUAGAUAGUGUUUUUGCCAUAUUUCAGCAACAGGGAACACAUCCACAACUCACAUUUCAGGAUUUUGUACAUCGUACAGUGGAAUAUACCUUCAUUUCACCCUCUUCUCUUCUUGCGGCUAUUAUAUAUCUGGAUCGCUUGUGUUUGCGACAUCCAACUCUUUUGAUUACGGAAAGCAAUGUAUUACGUCUCUUUCUCACUUCUGUGCGAGUUGCCUCUAAAGUGGUUGAACUGCGAAGUAUCAAUAACCGUCAUUUUGCCAAUGUGUUUGGUUUAGAUACAGUCACGAUAAACCUUUUGGAGGGAGUGUUUGUUAAACAACUGCAGUUUGAUGUGUUUCUUUCACCAGAGGAGUUUGCUGAAUAUGCACGGGGACUGCUGCCAGCGAGUGCCCAACAGUUACGAAUAGUAACAAAGGAGGAACCCACAUCCCUGUCAACGCCAGGGGUACAAAAUUACCAAAGGUCCACAGUUGAUAACAACAGGAAUACUAAUAAUAAUAAUAAUAAUCAUCAUCAUCAUCAUGGCAAUAACAACAACAACAACAACAAUAAUACCAGUAUCAACAACAAAAACAGUGGAUAUACCAAUAUAGAAAAUGAUGAAGCCUCCCAUAUUCUAAGGAGUACCGUAGACUCUGCUGAUGGUGAGGCAGCAAGAAAUGAUUCUCGAAAAGAGUUACAAGAGGCCGGUGAUGGCGCGGGUGAGAGAGGAGAAGAAGUGUGUAGUCCGAAAAGUAUGUCUGGAAAAAGAUAUGGGAGUGGGACAGACCUAAACAUUCGCAAUUAUGUUAGUGUUAACAAUGGUGUAACCACCAUAAUAGUCGCCCCUAGAGAAGAAGUUAUUGAGGGACGCAGAGUCAGUGGAGGAGCUCGCAAUCCAACAGGAUGCAAAUCCAAACUUGCAGUGUAG